AUGGCGACCGAAACCGAUACUCUCUCAUUCUCGUUACCUACCAGUACUGCUCCCACCGAUGUUUCUGAAUCCACAUGCAUGCCUCACUCGACUCCCUUUUACCAGGCUUCAGAAUGCCUGCAACCGAACAAACCGGCCGAGUGGGACACGAGAAUCCAUCCGACCGCACAAUCACGAGAUUCUGUAUCAGGAGGUGGAUGUUUUAACGACGGAGGUCUUUUAUAUAGAGUUCAGGCUGAGCGCGAAUGUCGAGAGGGACCUGGCAAAACCGUUGAAGAGGCCUGCCAACGCUCUCUGAACCACUUCCCAUGCCCUGGACUCGCCUUUCCGAUGCCGGCCCUCGAUUUUGACUUUCGAAUUGCUGUUCGUUUAAAUCAAGAGGCUGUCCAUGUUGACUCGGGCAACACUAAGGAGAUAACCACUGUCGCCGCUGGUGUUUGGUCCGGAUCUUUUGGCCACGGCCGCGUCAUUGCAGGCGGAUAUGAUCUUGGCCAGGCACGCGGUUUUAGGCCCAUGAGGCUUGUUGAGGGCGCCUUUGUCGUCCAGACAAGUGAUGAGCAGCCUGCACUUCUUGAAAUGCGCACUCGCGGUUCCCUCUCAGGACCUGCAGAUGUUCUCGAUACUCUAUUAAGCCCUCGGGCCCCCAAGGACAUUGACCCACGGCGAUAUGGAUUCCGCAUGUUCGCGACGUUCAAGACAUCCGACAAGCGUUACGCCGAAAUCGUCAACUGUGGAUUAUGGGUGGCCAGUGGUGCCUGGCGUGGCGAGCACUUGGUUAUCGAGUAA